AUGAUCGACAAAGACGUUCAUCCAAGCAAAUACAACAAAUUACGAAGUAUCUGCAAAUACUAUAUCGAUUCGUAUCUUGCAUUGUAUCAGCUAAAAACGGAAAACGAAGAAGAAUUAAAGUCAAUUUACAAAAUGAUUAAAACAGAAUUGAUUGAUUCAAAGACAUGUCUCCCCACAAAUGCUAUGAAAGACAUUUUAGAUAUCAUUCCAUAUAAUAAUUGCUACGCAAAGUCAUAUUUAUUUCUCGCCAAACUCAUAUCUGAUGAUUACCAUGUUACAAAGGUCAAUAGAGUUGCAACUAUUCCAAACUUCCUGUUUUAUAAAGAAUAUGGAAUUAAAUUAGACAAAUCAGACAAUUUCGAAACAAUUAACUCAGAGAAUCUCGAUAUUCAUACAGAAGAUACAAUUUACCGAGCAAUUAUGAAUAAUGACUUAGAGCGAUUCAUCACAUUCACGGAAAGAGAAGGAUUUGAUAAAGAUCAAAAACUUAAAUGCGAUUUAUAUCCAUAUUCUAUGAGAGGAUAUUCAUUACUUGAAUUAUGUUGUUACCAUGGAGCAGUUGAUUGUUUCAAGUUAUUAAGAACUAAAUUUAAGUCAGAAAUAACUGAAACAUGUCUAAAGUUAUCAUUUUUAGGCGGAAAUCCAGAGAUCAUGAGUGAAUGUUUGAAAUAUCAAAAACCAAAUGAAUAUUGCAUGGGAUAUGCAAUUAUUUCACACAACAUCGAUUUCGUUACAUUCUUGAUGAAUGAAUACAAUAUAGAGAUAGAUUUAGAAGAUUGUGAAAUUUACAAUAAUCUUGAAUCCUUUUUAGUUUAUUUCGAUCAAACUAAUGAUAUUAACGAAUGCUUUCUUUAUUCACCGAUUUUUAAUAUUCCAUCCCUCUUGGAAUACUUCCUUUCACUUGGUGCGAAUAUCAAUGAAAAAGAUGCAGAGUAUAAAUUCAAAAGUGAAAAAAUUUUAAACUAG